AACGUCAAGUAAAGCAACGGGCAAGGUCUUUCAAAAACAACCGCCGCAUUCUUGCAUAACGCAUCCCACAUCUGAAGAGGCGAGGACACUCGGCCCCCAUGCCCUGAGAAGUGUAUAUAAUCCCAACCGCACGAUUCGACUCACCAUGGCACUUCCAAGCAGUGCCAUCCCGGCGGUCCUCGUCCCACAGUCAACAAUGACACCGCCGCCAGCGGGGAAGUCCUCGCUGCCCGGAGCCGGGCCGCCACCACAGCAACACCAAGCCCCCACUGCUCCGGCCCCGGCGCUGUCGACAACAGCGGGUCAUCACGACAGUAACGGCAACGACGGCAGCAGCAACGACAACAUCACCGUCUCGAUGGCCACGCCCGCCGAUGCGGACGACCCAGCCCUCGUGCAGACCCUCACGGACAUUGUCAACGCCGUGUACGUCGAGACCGAGAGCGAGAUCUGGGGCUCGGGCUUCCAGCGCACCACGACCGACGAGGUGGCCCGGCUGAUCCGCGCGGGGGAGGUCGCCGUCGCACACACAGCCCCGCGGCACUGCCGCCGCCAGAGUGCCCACUGCGGAGGAGGAGGAGGGGGCGGAAUCGACAUAGAGAAAGAGAGGGGAGGCAAGCAGGAGAUACCAAAGGAAGUCGCCGCCGCCGGCGUCGUGGGCUGCGUGCACAUCGAGCGGCUCUCUCCCACGCGCGCAGAGUUCGGCAUCCUCGCCGUCGACCCGUCCCUCCGGGGCGGCGGCGUGGGGCGCAAGCUCGCCCUGUUCGCCGAGGAGUACGCGCGGAGCGUCUUGUUCGGUGGUAGUGGCAGCAACAGCAACAGCAGCAGCAGCAGCAGUAGCGGCGGUAGUGACGGUAGCGGCGACGGCGGCGACAGCGAUGGUAGUAGUAGUACUGCCCCCUCUGCUGCUGCUCCUGCAACGGACAGCAGGGGAACAAUGCAGCUGCUCCUCCUCGUCCCCUCGGCCAACCCGGACCACGACUUCAAGAGGCGCCUGAGGCAGUGGUAUGAGCGCAUGGGCUACGUCGAAGCCGUGGCCAAGAAGGGGGAUCUCGCGGACGGGUAUCCGGCCCUGGCGCCGCUGCUCGCCGGCCCGGCUGUCUUGCAUUGUUUUGAGAAGGACCUUUUCUGACUGGCUUUUCUUUUUUUAUGAAGUAAUUUCAACCAAAGGAAGCACACAGAGCUGUAGGGUCGCAUGACACGGGGACGUAAAGAGAGACAUAGAUUAGACGCUCGUCCAGCAUUGCUUUCAGGGCUGCGUGCGAGGAAAUAGAUAGGUGGUGAUAUAGGCGGCUUGCUAUGA